GUGAAAAAUCGUUUUGUCAGUGAACUGUCAGUGCGAAUGUGAAAAAAAUGAAGGAAUUUUACGUGAAAAAUAUUUAGUGAAAUAAUGGGUGCUAAAGACUCAAAACCAUCCUGUAUUAGCUAUGAGGAUGCAAUUAAGCGCGUCUCGGACACUGAGCUCAAGCGAAUAAAAGAGGCAUUCAAGCGAUCUGCCGGCACUGGGAACACCUGCCUCAGCAAAAGUGCCUUCAUUCAGGAUGUUCUCUGUGAAGGUGUGCCCCAGUCCAUUGCAGAAUGCCUCUAUGCUGCCUGCGGUGGCACACAGAAGGGUAUCUGUUUCAAGGAGCUCAUCUGUGGCCUCGUGCUACUGGCCAAGGGGACUCAGGAGGAGAAAAUUCGGUUUCUCUUCAAUCUCUAUUGCAAUGAAUCCGGAAUGCAUAUUGUCAAGCAUGAUUUUAUCCGGGCUCUGCAGACAGAACUGCCACAGCAGACGGUUAUUAACAAUAACAAUUGGGUAUCGCUUUUUGGUCAGACGGAUCGGGUGACUUUUGAGCAGUUUAAAUCUUGGAUAACGAUCCAUCGACAGGGAACGGUGCUGUCCAGGUGGCUUUUGGUGGAGCCUUUGGUGAAUCUGAGUUCGGAACUCGAGACUCCGACGUUCUUUCAGAGUUUGGCGGGAGUGACGCAUCUCGAGGAGCAGGAUAUUCGGGAGUUGGAAAAGGUGUUCUGGAGAUUGAAGGGAUCAGCUGCCACGGGACAAUUGGAUUUGGAGAGUGUGAGUCCGUUGCUGAGUCCACCGGUUCCGCGGAAUGCUCUGGCGGGAGUUUUUAAUGCUUUCGAUGAGAAUCGCGAUGGACACAUUGAUUUCAAGGAACUGUGCUGCGGCGUGAGUGCAGCCUGCCGUGGACCGAGUGUCGAAAGGAGUAAAUUCUGCUUCAAAGUCUUCGAUACGGAUCGGGAUGGUGUGUUGAGUCAGGAGGAACUGAAGCAAAUGGUUGAGGUUCUGCUGUUUGUGGCUCAGGAAAGCAAUAAUUUUGCCUUCUUCCGGAACAUGACGCACGAAACCGUGAUGAAGGAAUUGACCGAACGGGCUGAAAAGAAUGAAGCCUUUGUCUUCACUCAGGAAGAUUUUCUCAUGUGGAGCAUAGAGAGUCAGUUGAAUCUGGUGGCGCAAUUCCUGGAGCUCCUCUUUGAAGUGUGUCAUGUGGUUUUUGGCCUUAGGCCACAGUGUCGUCAUAUGGAGUAUGACAUAGUCAAGGGAUGGCUCUCGCGGGAGGUCAAGAGAGGCUACAAAAUUGGACAAUUUUGGUAUUUGAUCUCGUCAGAAUGGUGGCAGAAUUGGCUGCAGUACACACAAAAUGUCCCACCAUCUUCCUGUGCUCACUGCAAAGUCAGCCGAAAUGGCUCUGGCGUCCCAGGAGCGGGCUUCGACGAGGCUGUGGUUUGCGAUGAGAGCUUCACGUCAAACUCCACGGAAUCCAUGGGAGAUCUCCUGACUGCUGGCGAUUCAACGAGCCUGGGAUCGUGCAGCAGUGGAAUUUCCUACGGAAGGGCCGUCUCAGUGGCUCCAGGACCCAUUGACAAUCGUUCCCUAAUCGCUCCCACCAUCUACAAGAAUGUUCCAACGCUCACGGGCGAAGGUGGACGUCUGAAGAGGGAUUCAACGUUGGCACAGCACCGUGACUUUGAGCUAGUGCCGGAUUCGCUGUGGAAGGCCCUGGCACUGUGGUACCAGGGUCCCCUUCCGCUGCCGCGUCAAGUGAUCCAACCACCGGGAAAUCCGGAAGUUGAAGUGGAGCUCUAUCCGCUGAAUCUGCGCAUCCUCCGGCAUCACUAUCCGCCGAGUCAGGCGCAGCAGCAGCAACAGCAGAAUUCGGUGGGAUCCAAUGCCUGGGGAAUUGUAUCCGGGGGCUAUGGGGUGCUCAAUACACCGAGUGGCCUUACAGGGAGUGUCACAGCAGCGAGUUUGGCGUCAAAUAUGCAACCGCCGAAGAAGUAUUUGGCAUAUAUGGCGGCCUUUAGCAAACUGGCCACGGUGAAGCAGGUUUGUGAGUUUCUGUGUCAGCGUCUGAAGUUGCGGCAGGAGGAUGUGCGACUGUGGCAUGUUCUGGGCGGGAGCCAAUCGGGGAAUUCGAUGGUAGAGAUGCCGUAUUUGCUGGAGGAGGACAAGGCAACGCUGCAGGAACUCAUGAUCAAUGACAAUGAUCAACUGCUGCUGGAGUGCAGGAAUAAGGAUCUCACGUGGCCAGAAGAAUUGAGUGCUCUGACGAUAUCUGGGGCCAGUGGGGGCGCUGUUGGAGUAGGCAAUCAGGAGAGACGUUCAACUGUUGCCUCCAUCCAUUCAGUGCAUCCAGCUGGAGCCACAGGAUUGCACAAUCUGGGCAAUACAUGCUUCAUGAAUGCCGCCCUCCAAGUCAUGUUCAAUACCCAACCCUUGGCAAGAUAUUUCCAGCAGGAUAUGCAUCUGUAUGAGCUCAAUAUGGCCAAUAAAUUGGGCACGAAGGGACAGUUGGCCAUGAGAUACUCAGAAUUGCUGAAGGAAGUCUGGACAGCUUCUGCCAGAUCCAUUGCUCCGCUCAAAUUGAGAUUCUGCGUAACUAAGCAUGCUCCUCAGUUUGCCGGCGGGGGGCAGCAUGAUUCUCAGGAGUUCCUCGAGUGGCUGCUCGAUGCUCUCCAUGAGGAUCUCAAUAGGGUAAUGGAGAAAUCCUAUUCGGAACUGAAGGAUUCCGAUGGGAGGGCAGAUAAUGUCGUGGCGGCUGAAGCUUGGCUACAGCACAAUGCAAGGAAUCAGAGUAUAGUCAUUGAUCUCUUCUACGGCCAGCUCAAGUCCAAGGUGACGUGCUUGGGCUGUGGAAAGGAUUCAGUUCGCUUCGAUCCAUUCAGUCUGCUCAGCCUUCCACUCCCAGUGGAAAACUAUACCUACUGUGAAGUUCUAGUUGCAUGGAAUGGGUGGAUAUUGCUGCGUGCACUGCCGACGGCAAUACACACACCUCACAAUGCACACAAUGCGCACACUAAGCCACCUCGCACUGAGCGAUCAGGCGAGAGGAAGCGUGUGAAUCAAUGGAAAACCAGCACCAUUCUAAAGGAGCAGGAGAGCAUCGCCAAGACCAUCGAAAGGCUGCGGACGAACUUCAAGAAGGAUGGCCCUAGCAAAUGGAAAGCGCCUUACCUUGAAAACAAGGUUAAGGAGCUCAACUCAUAUUGGAGGCAGUUCGUGACCAACAAUGCGACUCUCACAUCUGAGCUCCAGGGAAGUCAUCCUUAUAUCCUGCAUAAAUUAUACCAAGAAACCAAAACCGUUUACGAGGAUUUUAUGCGAAAAAUCAAAAACUGCCCUGAGUUUGAGAAAGACUCUAACUCAGAGUCGGACGAUACUCCACCAUCAGAUGCGGGGUUACUUCGACCAUCAAAACUUUCCAGUACUAUGGAAGGUGUAACAGUGACGUCUGAAUCUUCAUCUGACGUCAUCCCAACAACAACAAACACCAGUAGUUACACAGGCCGUGUACACUGGGACAAUUCCACGUCAAUACGACAGGGUUGCGACAACCAGCAACAACGCAGUUACUACUACUAG